CGAUCAAAGCCACAGCAAGAUUCUCUCCUCCGUCUCAGUAGAUUUCAGGUUUUCAGGUCUGCGUUUUUCGUCAUCAGCUGGUUUUAGUAGUCCUUUUAGAUUAGCGUAGUUCGAUUCGCGUUUUUCUUUGUUUAGACCUUUAUUUAAUUUAUGCAUAAAAAUAAUGUUUGUGACGUGCCAAUUUUUGUUAAAUAAUAUCGAACAACCUUAUCUGUAAAUAUGUGACAGUGUCGGUUAGUGAAUUUAGAAAAUGUGAUUUUUUUCUGUUUUUAAAAUUUAAUUCAAAAUGGGAUUUUCGACAAAUUUACAAGGCAAAAUUGCCCACGAGGCCCUCGUGUCGCGACAAGAUGCCGAAUUGAGACUUUUAGAGGCGAUGAAAAGGUGUAUCAAUACGAGACUCAAGUGCGAUAGGGAUUAUGCGACAGCUCUCAGUACUUUAGCUUCUCAGGGAUUGAAAAUUGACCGCGGCGAUGACUUAGUUGGUAGUGUAGUAUGUUCUGCGUGGAAAACGAUGAUGGAAGAAAUGGAAAACGCAUCGAAACUGAUCAAACAAAAUGCCGAUAUUGUAGAAACCAAAGCCCUAGACACCCUAAACACUUUAUAUGCGGAAAAACGUAAAGUGCGGAAAGCCUAUCAAGAAGAACACAUUAGGAUUUCGCAACAGUUCACUCACUUAUCUGACGAAGUUGUCCGCAAAAAAACCGAAUACCAAAAAUACUUAGAGCAAUACAAACUGAUGAGAUGUAAAUUUGAGGAAAUCUACAUCAAAGGUGGCAAAGGAGGACGUAAACUAGACGAAGUCAGAGACAAAUAUCAAAAAGCCUGCAGGAAACUUCAUCUGACUCACAACGAGUAUGUGCUACUUUUAUGCGAAGCUGUGGAAUUUGAAAAAGAUUUCAGAACGGUUUUGUUGCCUGGAUUAUUAGAACAUCAGCAAUCCUUACAAGAGGCUUUUAUUUUGACUUGGAAGCAAAUCCUGCAAGACAUUGCACGAAAUUUGGAUUUAACUUCGGAUAAAUUUAGAGAGAAUCAGCGCAGAGUUGAAUUGAGUAUAGAUUCUAUUAGGCCUAUAGAAGAAUAUAAGGAUUUUACUGAAAAAUAUAAGACAACUCCUGCUGAACCAGUAAAAUUCAUAUUUGACGAAAGCUUAGUUGAAGAAUCAGCUGGCAAACUCUUGCCCAAUCAACUAACUGUAGAUAAUUUGACUGUCGAAUGGCUCAGGAACAAAUUGACUGAAUUAGAAGCUAGCAUCAAAGAGAAUCAAGAAAAGAAAACUGUGCUCACUAACGGACACAACAGUGAUAGUUUAGUAAAUGGCAAGAGCAAUAAUGAAAUAAAUAACAGGUUGUCAUUGAACUUUGAAGUGUCCAAAAAGGAACUUAACGAACUAAAAUGUCAGGAAAGAAAAAUGCUAAAACAAAUCGAACUGAUUAAGACAGCUCUAAACGAACUAGGAUGUGAAGAAGUACCAUCCGGGUGCGACAUAUCAAUAGAAAGUCAGCCAGCUUUUAUAGAAAAUUCCACUGAACAGGGUAAUGGGUCUCAAAGUACACUAUUAAAUCUAGCUAAUCCGCAACGGUUAGUGAACAUGUUGAGAAAACCGUUUAGACGAAGAAGUGCGCCAUCGUCACCUGUUGCGCCUCCUAGAACUAAGGGCCGUAGAGAAUCUGCGCCUAGGAGUGAAGGCGGGGAUCCUGUAGCUCUCACCACCAACAAAUCGCUAGUAGACGAAGAAUGGUUUCAUGGUGUUUUACCUCGUGAAGAAGUUGUCAGACUGUUAACUGUAGAUGGGGAUUUCUUGGUGCGAGAAACUACACGAAACGACGAAUGCCAAACUGUAUUGUCAGUGUGUUGGGGUGGUCAUAAGCAUUUCAUUGUGCAAACCACAGUAGAGGGAAGUUAUAGAUUUGAAGGUCCAGCCUGUCCAACGAUAAGAGAACUAAUAAUUUAUCAAUUCAAUAGCGGUUUACCAGUUACACAACGAUCAGGUGCCAUAUUACACAAACCUAUACCCAGAGAACGAUGGGAAUUAAAUAAUGAUGAUGUAGUUUUAUUAGAUAAAAUCGGACGAGGCAAUUUUGGUGAUGUUUACAGAGCUCAACUUAAAAACAGCCAAGAAAUUGUAGCAGUGAAAACUUGCCGAGUAACUUUACCUGAAGAGCACAAAAAGAAAUUUUUACAAGAAGGCAGAAUCUUGAAGCAAUACGAUCAUCCUAAUAUAGUGAAACUAAUAGGAAUAUGUGUCCAAAAACAACCAAUAAUGAUUGUAAUGGAACUAGUACCAGGAGGUUCUUUAUUGACAUUUUUACGUAAAAAAUCAGCUUCAUUGGCCGAAGGCCAAUUAAUGACAAUGUGCUUGGAUGCAGCUGCGGGUAUGAGAUAUUUGGAAUCCAAAAAUUGCAUUCACAGAGAUUUAGCGGCAAGGAAUUGUUUAGUAGGUUACAACAAUAACGUAAAAAUAUCAGAUUUUGGAAUGUCUAGAGAAGAAGAAGAAUAUAUAGUGUCCGAUGGCAUGAAACAAAUUCCAAUAAAGUGGACAGCUCCUGAAGCCCUCAAUUUUGGCAAAUACACUUCAUUAUGCGACGUUUGGAGUUACGGUAUUCUUUGCUGGGAAAUUUUCUCUAGAGGUGGCACUCCAUAUGAGGGCAUGAACAAUACAAAAGCACGCGAGAAAAUUGACAGCGGUUAUAGGAUGCCAGCAUCGGAAAACACACCAGAUGAAAUGUACCGUCUAAUGCUGAGAUGUUGGGAAUAUAAGCCUGAAAAUCGACCCAAUUUUGAGCAAGUUUAUUCAGUAGUUGAGACGCUUUGUAAUGCAUACCGUGCCACGUUCUGUUAAGCUUGAAAAGGAACAUCAGUAAUAUCUCUACAAUCUGUGAUUUAGUUUGUCCAUAUUAUUUGUUAUUGUGUGUUUUGUAUACUUACUUUUUAGAUUUAAAGUGAAAGAGCAGCUCGUAUAAUCCAUCUUGAGACAAAAAAAUUGAUUAUUUAAAAAUAUAUUAUAUGAUUCAUAAUAGGUUUGGUGGCAUGUUAACCCAAACUGUAAAGGGUUUGUGAUUAUUUGAAGCCAUCACUAAAAAAGGAGUGUUAUUUAUUUAUUAAUCAUUAACACAUCAUUUUAUUAUAUAUUUUUUUGUCCUUAUUUUUAUAUCUUCAACUGGUUUUUCUUUGCAUUUAAUUUUAAUAUUUUUUUACUACGAAAUAUUUUAUCUCGCAUGUGUCUUGAAUGAAUGUUUUGUCCAGUUGCUGUGAUUUGGUAAAUAUUUUAUGCCAUACAUAAGUUGAUUAUAAUAAAGUUCAUGAAAAAAAAAACAUAUUUAUAAAUAAAGUUUUAUUAAUUCGUCACUGACUGCUGACGGAGUUAAAAUUCCUAUAUCUGUAAAAAGUAAAGUAAUAUAAGAUGGAGGGGUAUAGUCUACUAAGGGAUGAGCCUCUCUGAUAUUUUCAUUUUUCCUAACAUCAGAAGUAUACUAAAAUAGUAAAUUUUUUAAAAACUAAAAACGGUUUUUGCAUAAAUCAAAUUUACCUUAUAUUCAGCUGGCAAAUCUUGCAGAUUCAAAGGAAACAGCCUAGAAAACUUAAAACUUUCUGUUAAAACAUAAAAUGGCUUUUUCAUUUCUUUUGCACAAACUGCCGUUGUGUAGCUUCCAACCUAGAAAUAUACUUAUUCAUAAAAAUAUAAAACAACAAAUCAAUUUAAAACCUUAUUGACAAUCCCACCACUUUCCAUAACACCUUCAGCUCCAACCAUAAUAAAAUCAAUUUGUUCCAUUACGUAACCUAUAGCAGAAUCCAAAAUAAGGGUGCACGGUAUUCCUAUGGCUAGUAAUUCUUUGUGCAAAUGUUUUCUAAAAAAAUUUACAAAGUAUUAUUUGUUGUUUAGAGUAUGUAUAUCAAAAAUUUACCCGCUAUAGUCUGGAGCAGACACUGUGGUAAAAACUUCAAAUCUUUUGCCUUGUUUAUGGGCCUGGUGUAAUGUUUGCAGUACUACUCUGGAUCUUGAAUGAGUUAGGACUUUCUAAAAUAGGCAUUAGUUAACUAGUGACUAUUAUUGCAUAGAAAUACUUACUGAUCCAUCUAAAAUAAAUUUUGAAGCAAACUUUACAAUUUUCCCUCUGGCUUCAUCUAGUUUUCUUAGAAACAGAUUUCCACGUUCCAACAUGAUUUUUUUGCAUUCGGUAAAGCUCUAAAAAGGCAAUUAACUUCUUUAUAAAAACUUUGAUUCUCAAUAUUUGAACGUACUCCUCCAUCUAGACCUACUAGAGUUAUGAAUCUCAGAAACAAUUCACAUCCAGAAGUUAUCACUGCCACAGGGAAAUUGGCAUUUUUCAUGUUGUAGAUGGCAUCUUUCAGAUUGGCUUCUAGUUCUUGGACAGUCUCAGCUUGAAAGGAUAAUUUCUGUUGUAUUAAACUUAAAAACCAAUCCCAUAACAGGCAGUUAAAAGUAAAAUUUAAACAGAACCCGGCCCCCAAUUCUUGAAAUAUCUCGGCAAGAAUAUUCAAGAAUUGACCCCCAAAUAGGUAUAUGAUCAGCAGGCAAAGUACCACUUUUCGGUACUAGUGCAGAAAAGUACUUUUCCGCAUCAAAAUUGGCAUGUAUAGGUACAAAUAAUAACUUUCAUUCCUAGCUCAUGCGGCGGACAGUCUAUUUUCAUCAGUUGAUUGUUUCAAUCGCGAGCAGAAAGGUUGCACUUUCUGCACUAGUUAGGAAAGACACUAUAUUUUGAAGCGUGUACAUAUGUAUAUUAAUUCAUUACUUACAUUCAGAUUGUCUAAUGACUUCCAUAAGGGUUCUAAUAGCAGCAACUCCUGC